GGGGCCGGGGCCCUUACGGUCCUAUUCCCACCCAGAAGCCCGCGGGCUGCACGGAACGUUGUCUUGUAUCAUGGCCGCGGGAGCCGGGACGGGGGGCCCCGCUUCCGGCCCGGACGUUCUGCGUGAUCCGGCGGCGUCACAGUCGAGGAAGCGGUCCGGUCGUGGGGGCGGGGAGGCUGCGCGGCGAACGGACGGGAUGGCGGGAGGAGGCGGGAGCAGCGACGGCCCCGGGCGGGCGGCGAGCCGGCGGGCGUCCCGCAGCGGCGGCGGCGGGCGGGCUCGGCGGGGGCGGCACGAUCCGGGGGCGGGGGGCGCGGGGGAGGCGCGGCUGGAGGAGGCUGUGAACCGCUGGGUGCUCAAGUUCUACUUCUACGAGGCGCUGCGGGCCUUUCGGAGUAGCCGGUACGGGGACUUCAGGCAGAUCCGGGACAUCAUGCAGGCUCUGCUUGUCAGGCCCUUGGGAAAGGAGCACACCGUGUCCCGGCUGCUGCGGGUUAUGCAGUGUCUGUCGCGUAUUGAAGAAGGGGAGAAUUUAGACUGCUCCUUUGAUAUGGAGGCUGAGCUCACACCCCUGGAAUCAGCUAUCAAUGUGCUGGAGAUGAUUAAAACGGAAUUUACACUGACAGAGGCAGUGGUGGAAUCCAGUAGAAAACUGGUCAAGGAGGCUGCUGUCAUUAUUUGUAUUAAAAAUAAAGAAUUUGAAAAGGCUUCAAAAAUUUUGAAAAAACAUAUGUCCAAGGACCCCACAACUCAGAAACUGAGAAGUGAUCUCCUGAACAUCAUCCGUGAAAAGAACUUGGCCCACCCCGUUAUCCAGAACUUUUCCUAUGAGACCUUCCAGCAGAAGAUGCUGCGCUUCCUGGAGAGUCACCUGGAUGACGCAGAGCCCUACCUCCUCACGAUGGCCAAAAAGGCUUUGAAAUCUGAGUCUUCUGCUUCAAGUACAGUGAAGGAAGAUAAACAGCCAGCACCAGAGCCUGUGGAAAAGCCAUCCAGAGACCCUCCGAGGCAGCUACGGAAUACUCCAACCACCUUUGGAAUGAUGACUCUAAAAGCAGCUUUCAAGACUCUGUGCGGUUCACAAGAUUCUGAGGCGAUCUUCUCAAAACUGGACCAGAAAGAUCUGAUACUUCCUAAUAAAGCAUCCCUCUCAUCGCCAGCCCUCAAAAACAAGAGACCGAGAAAGGAUGACAACGAAGGUUCCGCUCCUGCUGAGGGAGAGAGUGGCUCUGAACUGCAGCCCAAGAACAAGCGUAUGACAAUAAGCAGAUUGGUUUUGGAGGAGGAUAGUCAGAGUACUGAGCUGAGCUCAAGCCUCAACGCCUCUCAGGAAAUCAUUCCAGCACCACCAUCCACACCUGCCGUUCUCAACCAAGCCCUUCCCAGGGAGAAGAAUUCCAAAUUACCCAAAGGCAAGUGGAACAGUUCUAAUGGGGUUGAAGAAAAAGAAACUUGGGUAGAAGAGGACGAACUGUUUGAUGUUCAGGCUGCACCAGAUGAGGAGAAUACAGCCAGUGUAACAAAAAAGCAGAAGUGGACUAUAGAAGAGAGCGAGUGGAUUAAGGCUGGAGUGCAAAAAUUUGGGGAAGGAAACUGGGCUGCCAUUUCUAAAAAUUACCCAUUUGUUAAUCGAACAGCUGUGAUGAUUAAGGAUCGCUGGCGGACCAUGAAAAGACUUGGCAUGAACUGAAACAAAUUUUGCUUCCACAGAAUUCACAGGAGCAUAGUUCCUAAUAAUAGCCCCGAUAGUCUGCUUUCUUUCAGAAGUUGGGCUGGGAUGAAAAUUUUGGGCAUCCUCCUCUGACGUGGGGGAGGUCCUAGUUCCACUUCAUCGCUGUUGGAGAUCAUGGAGCUACAAGUCAAGUAUACUCCAUGUCCUUGGCAGAGACGACAGGCAGACAGCUUUUACAGUGCCAGAAUAUCAUUAGUAUUUCCCUUCUUCAGUGGUUUGCUUGUAUUUCAAUUCCUGGUGAUCAGUAGAACCUUCUCCUAGGAAAUGGUGGCGUCUGUUAGGAGCACUUAUGACUCCAUGACCUGUUAAAACCAGCAACGUGAGCAUUAUUUGGAGUGAACUUGUUCCAGGUAAAGCUUUGGCCUUUUGAUGCAAAUGCAAAGGAACUUUAUCAGAGCUGAUGAGAGACCAGUCCUAUUUAACCUGUUGUGACAUCAACACCUAGAUCUACUCUUGGCAUUUGCUCCUAAUAUUUGCUGGACUUCACAGGCAGAUUUAACCUCUACUUAUGUGGUUGAAUCCCAGUGUGUUUUUUUGGUGAUUGUAGAUACGUUUAGCCCCUUGCCCCAUUCUCUCUUCCCAAUUCUCGUCCUUAUGCUGGACUUUUAAAGCUAAAAAAAAAAAAAAAAAAAAAAAAAAGCCCAAUCCUGAUCGAAUAUAAAAGCCUAAUCCCAUUCUUUGUGAAAAUGGUUGCUUCCACCCGAUUCCCUAAUUGUGCUAUGUUAGUGUCUUGCACUGGAAUUCAACAUUUCCUUUUGUACUGUGUUGUGCUUGCUGUCUCUCUUGGACAUCCUUAAAGACUGUCUUUUUAGCAAAAAGAAAAUUCAGUAAAGUGUUUUCUGUAAUCAUUUUUUAAAAUUUGAAAACUAAUUAUUGUCCAUAACUUGUAGCCUUCUUCAUUAAAGUCUUGCUUCUCUCAAAUAGAAGUGGCUGUUUAAUUGCAGCUCAACGUGUAUGAACACACGGAGGUUGCAAAAUGUUAAACAACUUCUGCUGAACCACGCUGACUGUUAAAAAACGAUGUUAAACUCUCCUGGAUAUUGUCGUCCUUGGAAGCCACCGGGAACCCUCUUUCUCUUUGGAGUGAAAGAUGUAAAGAAAUGCUAAAGUUUCAAAUUCAUCCUGUAGUUACAAGUCGGAAGCUUUGUACAGCUCUAUUACCUGUUAACUGUGUGUUGGGGGGGUUUGGUACUACUAUUUUUUCUGUCAAUGAACCCCAAAUGAAACGACAAUGAGAACUUGAUCUUCUCUCAAUACAGCCACCUCCCCUUGAUCUGGUGGCAGCCUGUGUGUUCUCCCUCUAAACUGGAUUCAGGAUUCCAGAAUCUUCUCCUCUCAACUCACUUCAGUAAGAUGGCGUGCUCUGUGUAGAAGAGUGACACUGCAAUGAUUUAGGGAAGCAACAUAUCCUAAUCAGCAUUUCUCAAAUGUGAAAAAUGUACAGGUCCAUGAACAUUUUUUUAACAUCACUUCAGUGUUGUAAUGUUAAUGAAGUGUGUACAAACAAAAAACAGACUUUGGCUUCUAGAAACUUACCAUGUACUGUUGACUGUUUCGCUGAGUCUAAGUCACUGCUCACAACAUGAGCAGUGUAAAAACUGUGGCAGGGGGGAACGUGGGUGGGGUGCCUGUGCCACAGUGUGCGGAGGAAUGGUCCCAGUCUCUCCCACCUCCACCUUAGCAAGAAGAGUGCUGUGACAUCCGCUCUCCUCCGGAACUGAACACAAUCAGAAGUCUGUUCCUUGCUUAUUCCCUUGUGAUAGUUCAGGUAUUACACUUGGAAUCAAUGUGAUGAAUCUGAAGCAAGACUUGCUUAGAAACUGUUAAUGCUGUUUUGUUUUUUAAGAUUAUGGCUGAAAUAAAAACAUUUAGACAUUG